AUAAAACUUGCCGCUACACAGCAAGUGAGUGUUGACCUAACUUUGUCAGAAGUUGGUGUGUUGAUAUCCAGGUGAAUUUGCGUAAUGCUUCAUCAAUCUGAAUGGACACUGGCCUAUUUCACCUUGAGCCUGUCCAUAGGCAGUGUGUACAGUGACACGACGGUGACGAUCCACUCUCAAUGGUUGGCACAGGGAGGCAGUGCUCGCUAUGACAGUAAUAGGUGGAACAAGCACAACGGCCUUGAUCAGGAGUCGUUUAUUCCCAAAUGUCGGAGCCUUCGGACUGACGCUGGGCGCUGGAAUAACAAUGGCUUAAGUUAUCGUCUUUUCGAAGAUUGGCCAGAGGACCCAAACCGAAGCGGCUACCCAGAUCCCAACUACCUGAAGAAUGCCACAAAACAGAAGGAACUGUUUUCCCUAUACCUUGCUAACAUUAACAGUGGUUAUGAGAACGACAUGAUCAUGAUGUCGGAAGGUUUGUUUUACCCGAGUUGGAUGAACCAGUCCGAACAUGCAGGUCAAUUCCCCAACAACGUCGAUGCUGCUGCUGAGUUCAUGAUGCUGAUGGUGCAAGGAGUUUACGAAUUUACCAAAGGACAGAUCCCACCCUACAUUGAACCCAUGAAUGAACCGGAAGUCAACUAUAACAUCUUGAACCUCACGACUGUAGCCAUGUUCCACAAAUCAAUUGCGGAGAAACUCCAUGCAAGGUUUAACAUCAAAGUUGCUGGUCCUACACUCGACGGGGAAACUGGAUCGUCAGAUAGAAACAACUUCACGUACUGGAAAAUAGUGGCCAAUUUCAUGGACGUCACUUUAGACAAUUUAGACGUGUUUUCCUUUCAUUCGUACAACUCACUUAUUGUUUCGGGGAAAUCUUACAAUCUUACUGGUAUGAAUGAAGCACGAUUAGUAGCAUUUGUCGACCUGGUUGAAAAUUAUGCCUAUCUGAAGAAAAGGAAAAUUGUCCCCCUGGUUAUCAGUGAAUAUGGCCGCGAUAUUGUGUUAGGAAUUGACAAAUAUGCUCAAUCAGGUAUAGUAGAUUUUUCGACAAUAUAUCAUUCCAAUGCCCAUCGAUUUACCCAGCUCGGUCUCAGGGAAUACAUUGACAGAGCAGUGGUGUUUCUUUUAGCCAAUAUACAAAAUCCAUAUUACAACUGGUCUCUUUUCACUAACCAAGGAGAACCCAGAAGAGUUAUCGACGUCUUCGAGUUCUGGUACAAAUUCACGUCAGACUACUCCUUUAUCAGAACUACCAGCCAGUAUGAUGGAGAGGAACGAACGGUGUCGCCGUUAGCAAUGUCAAGUUCUCAGCAUAACGAAACGGUCAUUCUCUUGCACAGCUAUUCGCAGGAGUCACAGGCCGUGAAGCUAGACUUUGAAGACGACUGGAUCAAACCAACCACUGGAGAAGCUACUUGCGUUACCAUCAAUGACGACUGGUACCCGAUCAUCACCUUCAAUGAAACCUUCGACAUUCAGCAGACCCAUGGAAUUGUUGAGCUUCCUGCUGAAGCAACAUGUCAUUUUACAUUCAAGACCCCUUCAAAUAAACUGCCUUCUGUCACUCUCAACGAAACCACAUACUACGGAGCUGAUACACUUAUACCAAUCAAGGACAAAUUCGCCUCAACAGUAAUAUAUCUACCAAAUGGACAAUAUUACAGUGCCAGACUGAGAGUUUCUGCCAGUUGGCCGAUUAAUGAAACAAACAGUGUAACAUAUCUAACCUUCAACGUUCACCGCCUUGACUCUUACUAUAAGCUGUUUGAUUCCGACAAGUUUAACAGCACCACCUAUUGGGAGGUUUGGGAGUUUGUAGUCCCCACAUCCUUAUUUGUCACUGGGGCUAACCAGGUUCAGGUUCUCUUCUCUAACGACAUGACAGCAGGAUAUGUUUCUUCAUUUGCUCUUGUUACAGCCAAGUCUAUCCCAUCUGAUUUGAAGUCAUGAUAAUGAUGACAGUUCCUCAAAUGGGUUUUUAUCGAAAAGAAAAACUGCCUUGGAAAAUGCUCGAUAUAAGUAAUUAUGAUUCAGUAUGUUGAAAAAAAUAGUCUGCCAUAAUAUAUACAAAGUUGGAAGGUGCUUGUUUAAAGACAUAUUUAGGCUGAUAGUUUUAAAGAAACAAUUAUCUGGCUUUGCAGCUGUAGCUGAAAAAAUGUCGUGUCUCCAUACAAAAUCCUCAAUUGUAAAGUGUGUGCGAGUCUUUCCUAAAUAAAUGGAACAUUGGUACAUUG